AUGGCUUUGAUGAUAGUCAAAUUUGACUUGACCAAGCGAGUAAAGCUGGCCCAGGGACUUUGGCUUCUUUACUGGCUCUCAGUCAUGGGUGGCAUCUUUAUAUUUAGCAUGGGACUCUUCUUCAAGAUCGAGCUCCGCAAAAGGAGUGAGAUGAUGGACAACAAUGAAAGUCAUUUUGUGCCCAACAUGCUCAUUCUGGUAGGCCUUGCUGCCUGUGUUAUCAAUGCCUUUGGUGGCAAGGUGUGCCAUGACUCACUUGACUCAGUCAAGUUUGCCAAAUGGAAGCCCUUGGUGAAGAACUACCUGUGUGGAUGUUUCGCCUUCUGCAUCUUUCUCCUGAUUAUGGCCAUGCUGUGCUUUCUGAUGCAAAUCUCUCUACAUUUUGCCCUGGCUGAGGGGCUAAAAAACGGUAUGAAAUACUAUAAAGAUACAGACACGCCAGGACGAUGCUUCAUGAAGAGAACCCUGGACCUGAUGCAGAUUGAGUUCCGCUGCUGUGGUAACAACAACUUUAGGGAUUGGUUUGAAAUUCAGUGGGUUAGCAACCGCUACCUGGACUUCAGCAGUAGUGAGGUUAAAGAUCGUGUCACGAGCAACGUGGAAGGUAAAUACCUUAUGGACAGCGUUCCCUUCAGUUGCUGUAAUCCUGGUUCCCCACGGCCGUGUAUCCAGCACCAUCUAAACAAUAAUUCAGCUCACUAUGACUAUGACCAUCACACUGAAGAGCUGAACAUCUGGACAAAAGGCUGUCGUGAGACACUGGUCUCCUACUAUGGGGGUAUGAUGAACAGCAUCGGGUUGCUAGUGCUGCUAGUCAUGGUUCUGCAGGUUGGGGAUAUGGUGGGACUGAAGUACUUGACCACAUCUUUGGAGACCUUGGUAAACCCAGAGAAUCCCGAGAGUGAAAGUGAAGGUUGGCUGCUGGAAAAGAGUGUGAAAGAGACUGUAUCUGACAUCAUGCAGAAGAUAAAGUCCUUUGGCAAAGCCAAUCAAGUGGAGGGAGAGGUUGCAGAGGCUGCAGGCACUGCCAGCUGA